AACAACAGCCCGGCGGGUUAUCGGAUUUCUAUGUUGCGAUUACGCCAUAGGCGCGCAACAACGUGGAUCGGGCAAUAAAUUUUGUAAGUGUAGCUCAUGGGACUUCAUGACUUAGUAAAAAUUAAGUUAUUAUGUACAAAGUAUGUUGGACAUUUUUUGGCGUAUGCAAUUGCGUUAAUUGCAACUUUCAGCAGCAAACAAAAUAAAGGAAGAUUUGCCAUGGCGGAGCAAAAUCCAAUCGUUGGAACUUGUCGUACAAUGUGUCCUGUAACAGAGUUUCGAUUUCGAAGCAAACACAAUUUACUACACUCGUUUGAAAGAGCCCGUCCCACACACCAACAAACCGCCAAAAACGAAACCAGUGAUCUCUGCGUAAAGGAAUUUCGGCGGUCGGCAGCAGGAGAAAAUGUGAGUGACCCAAGAAAUCUGCGGACUCCUGAAACUCUGCUACAGACGGUUAAUUAUCUCUUUACCACCAUUUUAUUUAAGGAGGGGGCACAGUUCAAUUUCAUUUAUGACUUUAUCUUUGACCGAUUACGAAGUGUUAGACAAGAUGCUGUUAUCCAGCAGCUACAAAUUGUCCAACCAAUGCUAUGUAUUGGUAUUCUUGAGCGCUGUGUACGAUUCUAUGUCUAUGCUGCCUACAGGGCAAAACUACAGCCAGGAUUGAACAUUGAGCUCCACAUUAACACGCAGCACACAAAUGACUGCUUAAAAACUUUGCUUCUAAUGUACAAAGGGGUCGGAUUUAAAUUCCGAGAAAGGGUAAAGCUACAUCACCGGCUGUCCCUAGUAGCUGUUCACAUGUUACUUCAUAUGCAAUGUCAUGACACACUGUGUGGUCUUCUUAUCAACGUUCCAUCGCAUUGGUGGAAACAAGAACCAUUGCAAACGGUUGUGGGCGUGAUAUUUGCAGUAUUCCACAAAAACUAUGUACGAGCAGUAAAACUAAGUCAAAAGCUGAUAUCAGAAAAGAGAAAUAUUGUUUUAAUUGCAUUCUCUUUAUCUGUGGAUGCUUUAAGAUUGGACUGUGUAAAAAUGCUGUGUCAUUCACACAGUUCAAAAGUGAGCAGUUUUCCUGCAGAAGAGCUACCACAUUGGUUAUUUCUUAAUUCAACAUCUGAUGUAACUGAACUUUGUAUGUCUUUAGGCCUGACUUGCACACCAACAAAUGCCAUUAAGUUUUCGAAAAAUGAUUUUGUAACCAAAGACAUUCCAUCUGCACGAGGUUGUAAUAUAUUUCAAGCUAUAGGUCAACUAAGCAACAAUGAAAUAAUAGGGAUUUUAAACUUUCCAUGAAUGUGAUAUCACCAAUUGCAAUUGAAAUAAAGUAUUUUUACAGAACCAAGUACAGGAUUGCUUAAGCCACAACAUGUGCAUGUUAAGGUGUGAAUUGAUUGCUAAAACUAGAAAACAGAUUAGCACAUUUACAUAAUAACUUAAUCUAUACUUUCGCAUCAUAACGCAAAAUUGCUUCAAAGCAUACCAGACA